AUGCUGUCCACCAUCACGUUGGACGGAUUCGUCGACUUCCUCAAUGCGUACAUGGAGUAUGAGGACUUCUUCUCCUUCAAUGACCUCGCACAGAUGUGUAGUGAGAUGAAUUUUGCGCAAUUUCUGGAGAUGUUUUGCCGUGUAGCUUGUGCACUGCACCACAAACUAUUGCUUGGAGAGGGAAUACAACUUCGACGAGCUGUUGAGUCCUGUCGUCUCGAGUUCAGCCUCGAAGUUCUUUUCGAUCACUUGAGUAUCAAGCUUAUUCCGAACGACGAAUCCACGAACCUACAAAAAAUUCGCGAUGUUGUUCGGCUUGAAGCUGCUGACUACGCUAUAUUUCCGAAACCCAGAUAUCGGGUAAAACGCGAAGGUAGUUUGGCAACGGUAGGCCAGCUAUCAAGAAGACCGAAGGUUGCCAUGCCUCCUGCGCUCCCUUCAGACGCCAUUCAACUGCUUGAGAGUGCUCUGAAAUUCCAGAAUAUGGCCCAGUACAAUAUGGCGUUGAAUACUCUUGAUCUCUGUAAACAGUGUUAUCAAGAACAGUUCCCUCCACCCAGUGACGAUCAGGUUGACCCAAUUUGGACUGAAGUUCAUCUCUUUUUCACUCUUCAAGCGGCAAGUGUCUACGAUAGUGCUCACCGAGAUACACAAGCUUUGACGAAGUACUACGAGGCAAUGAAGUUGGCUCGUCAAUUACCGGUAGCACAUCCAGGACGACUAUUAGUCAUGAGCUGCAUCGGAGCCACACUGUUCUAUGUUGGUGAACUCGCUUUGGCACAGCAAUGCCACCAAUUAGUUUUGGAUGCUCGAAAAGCUACCAAGAACAACACCACAAACUGCGUCCUCGUGGACACAGCAACAGCCAUGAACAACGUUGCGUGCUGUUUAUCCCAGGAUCAGAGUGACGUGGCCUCUAAAUCCCUGGACAACGCGUAUUUGCUGCUCAAGCACGCUAGACAGAUUUAUGUCGAUGCUUUCGGGCCUGCACACCCUCGCGUCGAACUAAUAUCACGCAACUUGGAUCGUGUUAGAGCGUGUCAGCAUGGCGUCGUCAGCGAUGUGGCUGGUGCGUUGGCGCGUGGGGAGUACGCGCAUGUGAUUCCUGGAUCGAGGUUCCAGAUUAAAGCAUUUGAAUUUGCCUCGAAAUCGUCGAAGAGUAGUGGCAAAAGUGGCAAGUCAGGUGGCAAAAAGAAAAAGAAAGGUGCCAAGUAG